GCUUUCAAAAGAGCGUUAGCGCGGUGAAUCGUCUCAUUUGUUUGUAACAUUUUGACCGAGAAGAUGGUGUACGAAGUUAAGGAUAAAGUAUUUCUGAUCACUGGCGCUGCAAAUGGCAUCGGCGCCGGCACUGUUAGAGUACUAGUAGCCGAAGACGCUAAGCACGUGGCUAUUCUGGAUGUAUCGGUGGAAAGAGGAGUCAAUUUACAAAAUGAGUUGAACUCAAAAUUCGGUACUAACAAGACAAAGUUCUAUAAGUGUGACGUCACGAAUGAAGAAGAACUGUUUGGUGUCUACAAAGCAGUAAAAGAAGAUCAGGGAGUGAUCGAUGUUGUCAUUAAUAAUGCUGGUAUAAUGAACGACAGUUUGGCGGCCUAUAAAAAAGCUAUUGAUGUUAAUGUGACAGCUUUAAUCAGUAGUACGUAUAAGGCGAUGGAACUGAUGCGCAAAGACGAUGGUGGCAAAGGCGGAACUAUAAUCAAUAUAUCAUCGAUAGCUGCAUUACAUCCAUCGCCAUUUCUUCCUGUUUAUUUCUCUACCAAGAGUGCUGUACUACAAUUUACUAGAAGUUUAUGUGCUUUAGAUAUCAUCAAAGAGAGUACUGAUAUACGUUUUUUGACCGUUUGCUUUGGAGUGACGCAAACGGCGCUGUAUGAAACUAUGUAUUCUUAUGACAGCCGUUUGGAACCAAAAAUGGAUGAAUAUUUUAAAUUAUAUCCAACUCAAACGACGGAGGCAGCAGUAAAGGCUUUAGUGGAAGCUUAUAAACUCGGAGAAAAUGGAAGUAUAUGGUUGUCCACGUCAGAAAAACCUGUUAAAAAUAUAACUGACCCUGUUAAUAAAGCCUAUGGUAUUCUCACUGAAUUGUGUGAACUCAACUCAACUAUUAAAUAAUCUAAACUUUU